GGUGUGGUGACGAGCCUGCUGGUGAAAAUUGGCUCUCAGCUCUCGUGAGGGGUGCGUGGCCCUUUAAAUGUGUUUAAAAUUUAGUUCAGAUUAAUUUUAAAUGCAUUGAAUGUUAUUUUUGCUCUUGUCAACAUGCGAGGGUUCUGAAGACAGCCCAAUUCCGACCAAGCCAGCCGGAUUCAGGUCCAGCGUGUUGUCGUCUGAGGUGUAGGUCAAACAGGAACAAUGAGUGAGUUGGAACAGUUACGACAGGAAGCAGAACAGCUUCGCAACCAGAUCCGGGAUGCCAGAAAAGCCUGCAGUGACUCUACGCUUUCACAGAUGACGGCGAGUUUGGACUCAGUGGGGCGGAUACAGAUGAGAACAAGACGCACACUCCGAGGUCAUCUCGCCAAAAUCUAUGCCAUGCACUGGGGCAGCGACUCCAGGUUACUUGUCAGUGCCUCCCAAGAUGGCAAACUGAUCAUAUGGGAUGGUUACACGACCAACAAGAUGCAUGCUAUUCCCCUGCGCUCCUCCUGGGUGAUGACCUGUGCCUACGCCCCAUCGGGGAACUAUGUGGCCUGUGGGGGCCUCGACAACAUCUGCUCCACCUACAGCCUUAAAACACGCGAGGGCAACGUCAGGGUCAACAGAGAACUGGCUGGACACACAGGUUAUUUGUCCUGCUGUCGAUUUCUUGAUGACAAUCAGAUCAUCACCAGCUCCGGUGACACCACAUGUGCAUUGUGGGAUGUUGAGACCGGACAGCAGACCACCAGUUUCACCGGACACACAGGUGAUGUCAUGAGUCUGUCGGUCAUCCCAGACUUGAAGACAUUUGUGUCUGGGGCCUGUGAUGCCUCUGCCAAACUGUGGGACAUCAGAGACGGGAUGUGUAGGCAGUCUUUCAUGGGCCACGUCUCCGACAUCAAUGCCGUCUGCUUCUUUCCUAAUGGAAAUGCCUUCACUACGGGCUCAGAUGACGCCACCUGCAGGCUGUUUGACCUGCGUGCAGACCAGGAGCUGAUGAUGUACUCUCAUGACAACAUUAUCUGUGGCAUCACCUCUGUGGCCUUCUCCAAAAGUGGACGCCUCCUGCUGGCCGGAUACGAUGACUUCAACUGUAACGUCUGGGACACUUUAAAAGGCGAGCGUGCAGGGGUUUUGGCCGGUCACGAUAACCGGGUGAGCUGUUUAGGGGUGAAUGAUGAUGGAAUGGCUGUAGCCACGGGUUCAUGGGACAGUUUUCUUCGGAUCUGGAACUGAGAGUGGUCUUAAAAUCUCCAGGUGCCGUCUCUCCGCAGCAGUUCCUCUGUAUUCCAGUUAUUACACAUGAUUUUCAGUACGAAAUAUAAUCCCGUGGGAGAGACGAUCGUCAUUAUCGACCACAGAAAUCAUAAGAAGUGUCAUUGUGUUAUAUGUAAAUAUAUAUGAAUAUAGAUAUGGUAUAUAUAUGUACAGCAUUAUGUGUAUGUAUAUACCAUAUAGUAUAUACAUACAUAGUGUUCAUGUAUAUAUUUUUCUAAUUGAUCAUUCGCCCAUAAUUGUUUUUUUUAAUCUUUCAUUUUCUUUGUUGUUUUUGUAUUUUCUUUAUUUUGUGUAAAUAGAAAACAACGCUAAACACGACGGAAAGUUUAUCAAACAGAAGUGUGUAUUACAAAAACUUUGCACAUUUCUGGAGGUGUGUGCGUUGGAACAGUAUCAAGUGUGUCAAACAUAUCAUGUGUCUUUCUGCAGAUAACCUCCGUACAUGCCAUAUUUUAAUCCACUAAAUCAAUCAUCAUUUAUUGGUGCUUUGAGGGUGUUUGCAGAAGUUUUUCACGGCCUUGAUCGUGUGUUAAAUUUGAAGCGUUGUGACGUCUUGUUUUACUGAAUGAUAAAGAAAACAAUCAUCUGCCCUCCCCAAUUUUAGCCUUUAAUACUAGUGAUCAAAAUAGACUUAAUCUUAUUCCUGGUGCUUACAAACAAAAAUCUGUGCUUUGAAUUAAUUAACUUUUAUUAUGAUUUAUUUUUUAGAAAUGGCCCCUCACAAGUGUUGCAGUAUAUGAUGACUCUAGGCCAGGCCAUAUUUAUAAAAGUAGUGUUAGUAAUUAUGUUCAAAGAAAAUGAACCGUAUUUUAGGACCAUUUAGAUGUUUUGCAUUGUAACACAUUCAUGACGAUUAAGCACAUUUUCCCUUAAUUCUUAUAAUGCACAUGAAUGUUUUAGUUGUAUUUGUUUUUCUAAAACCUCUUAUUCCCAUUGGUAAUUCUCAAUUAUGUAAUGCAAUAUCAAUAUAAAGAUCAGUAGAGCAAAAACAACUAUAAUGUAGAAGUACUUUACAAUUGAAUAAUAUAUCAUUAUUGUUUUUGGUAGGCAUGUGCUUAAGUGUCAUGAAAACGAAGCAAAACACAAUUUAUUUCUUUUGAUUUUGGGGUGUAAUGUGACCCAAAAAUGUUCUAGACAGGUUUUGAGAUUCACCCAUGAUGAACUUGAGUUUGUCAAAAAAACACGAGCAUUGAAUCAGUUCACUCUUUUCGCCAUAUUCAUAAGUGCCAGCAGUUCUGACAGUGUUACUGUAUGUACUCGUGCACUCCAGGUUGUGGCAAAAAUGAUAUUUGUGCUAUUGUUAAGUCGCUUAACACCUCGUGUAACUGUGAAAUAGCAUUUUAAGAACUUUUAUUUUUGUUUUCAUAAAAGGGAAUGGCUUGAAAAUAUGUCGAGGUGUUGAUAAGAAGGGUAUUUUUUGUUGUGACGAGUCCUUUUACAGUACGAAGAUGCUUCGUUAGCGUAAAUAAACAUCCUAUUUACAUUUCCAGAGUUAGUCAAAACACCGUAGAGGAAUUUUCGAUUGGUUUCAAGAUAUUCAAAUAUUAGUUGACUGUGAAAAAGGAUGUCAUUAGCAGCAUGUUUCCUUAAUUCAGCAAUUUGCACAGGAAGUUUGUCUGCCGGUAUUGGAUGGAAAUGAUUUCAGAUUAGUGUUGAUGGUAUUGUGGAGGUUGACCGAUUGCCAAUCAGUGAUUAUUUAUGUGGUUGUUUUAUAAUGAUCAAGUUUUUGAGUGGUUGGUUUUAGAUCAGAUGAAAUGGCCAGUUUUUGUAUUUCUCUUGGCCAAAUUGCUGAAACCGAAGUCAGAGCUUUGAUGAAAACCUUUGGGACAUUAUUUCCACACAUGGUACAGGCCAAACCCCUCGAACCUGAGCAACAAAAAAAGCAUUUUAGUAUUACUUGUUAGAACCCCAAUGCUUAAAGUAUUCAAGAGUAACAGACUUGGCUCAUGUGUAUCCUACGUAACUUUUAUUUUUGUGUGCCAAUGAAACCAGGAGUGUGGUGCCUUGUGUACUUUAAUAGUGCCAUAUUUGCAAAUAAUCAAUUUAAUAAUUUUUUGUUUCUCAACUUUUUUUGGUGACAUGGUGAUAAUGUUGCUAUACACUGAUAUUGUAACCAAUAAAACCAAUAAGACUUUUAA